AAACGCACAACACAAGGAGAAACUUGGUGUCCAGGGGAGGCCCCCGGCGACUGGAGCGCGGCGGAGACAGGCGCGGUGGCCGGAGGGAGCGGAGGCGAGGGGCGGCCGGAGCGCGGGGAGGGAGUCAGGCCAGCGGCCAUGUGCCCGUGCCCCCUGCACCGCGGCCGCGGGCCCCCGGCCGUGUGCGCCUGCAGCGCGGGCCGCCUGGGUCUGCGCUCGUCCGCUGCGCAGCUCACGGCCGCCCGACUCAAGGCGCUCGGCGACGAGCUGCACCAGCGCACCAUGUGGCGGCGCCGCGCGCGGAGCCGGAGGGCGCCGGCGCCCGGCGCGCUCCCCACCUACUGGCCCUGGCUGUGCGCGGCCGCGCAGGUGGCGGCGCUGGCGGCCUGGCUGCUCGGCAGGCGGAACUUGUAGGAACGCGGGGCUUCUUGGUGGGGCCGGAGCCGAGACCCAGCCGAGCGAUCAACAGGUUGGUGAAAACCCUGUGUCCUUGGAGAAAGCUGGUUCCUGUUUUCCUGAGGGGGAGCUCAGAGCUUGAACGGCCGUGGUUGGCACUUCGAGAAGGAAGUGGAGAAUAAAGACGGCGCCUGGAGCAAUAGUAGUAACGUGGAAUGGGACUGGGGAAGCCCUUUGGAUAUCCAGCUGCAGAAACAGACACCCCAAUGCUAUUUACAUACAGCUCUAUAUAUAAAAAAAUAUGAAUAUUACUAUUCAGUGCAUGCCUUGUCGAGGACGUGGUCCUCUCCCUUUUCUGCACCUUCUGAUGUGAACUUUGAUACUCUUUCAUGUCUGGGGCACCGGAAGAAAGCUUAUUGUGUACCUAGAAAAUCUGCAAAGACUGGUGGGAAUUAGCCUCAGAGUUGACCAGUUGGGAGGGAUACUGGUAGAGGAAGAGGCGAAAUUGCAAAAGGCAAAA